CAUUCGAAGCGCAUAAUAUAUAAGACAGGCAUAGGGUCUCAAGUCUGUACUUUACUACUUCUAUUUAAUCAAAACUCCGGCUAAGAAAUUGAUCGAAAUGUCUGACGCGUGGGAAGAAAUCCAAGCAAUCAAGAACAAGAGGAUGAGUCUCAGGGAAAAGCUGCAGAAACGAAAAAAGGAGAUGCAGAACAUCCUCAACUCUUCAACUAACUUUGGGACCAGCAUAGAGGAAAAACCACCACCAGAGAAAAGUGGUGGCUCCAGUGCCACAGAAGUGGACGACACUAUGAAAGUGGAUUCGCAAGUUGAAAAUGAAUUAUUGAGCUACCUUAGCGAUGUGGCUAUCCAACUACCUGUUGACCACUGUCAAGUAGCACAGACCAUUAGUGCAAAUUUGGGUAAAAAAGUGGUUGAAGAAGUCAUUGCUAAUUUACUACAGAAAUUUUCUGCUCAAAAACUGAUCAGCAUAAAUGAGAGAAUUAUUGAAGGAGGGAAAUCAUUUGAGUUGGUGUCAGUGGAGCACGCUAAGCUUCUGGCUAUGACCAACGAGCACAAAGCCAGGAAGAGAAAAGCCGAGGCCGAGGAAGAACUCCGGAUUGAAGCAGAAAGUAAAGAGAAGCAUGCUAGGAAGACUAAUGAUAUCAUGUCAUUGCUCUCAAUGCCAUCAAUCAAAGAACAAGAAAGCAAAAAGGUUGGCGAGGAAAUCUUUGAUUUACUGAGUAAAGCAACAGCCAAAGAAAGGUCAAUGGCAGAGAAGUUCAAGUCACAAGGAGGCGCUCAGGUUAAGGAGUUCUGUCCCCAUGGUACAAAGGCCGAGUGCGCUAAGGUCAACAGCAGCGGAGGUUCAGGGCGCCAGUGCUCCAAGCUGCACUUCAAAAAAAUUCUGCAGAAGCACACCGACGAAGUGCUUGGUGACUGCUCUUUCCUCAACACAUGCUUUCACAUGGACACCUGCAAGUACGUUCACUAUGAGGUUGACGGCGAGGUGGGUGGCAGAUCAAGAGACCAGGAGGACGCGGCAUCUCUGCAGCCUGCGCGAGAGGCGGCCACCACCCUGUUUCCAGCGCAGUGGAUCCAGUGUGACCUGAGGUACUUGGACAUCAACUUGCUGGGCAAGUUUGCUGUGAUCAUGGCCGACCCGCCGUGGGACAUCCAUAUGGAGCUGCCUUAUGGAACAAUGUCUGAUGACGAAAUGAGACAACUCGGAAUUCCAACACUACAAGACGAGGGACUUAUCUUCCUCUGGGUCACAGGAAGAGCAAUGGAGCUGGGCAGAGAUUGUCUUAAGCUGUGGGGGUAUGAGCGCGUCGACGAGAUCAUCUGGGUGAAAACAAACCAGUUGCAGCGAAUUAUCAGGACAGGUCGGACGGGCCACUGGCUCAACCACGGUAAGGAACACUGUCUGGUGGGCAUGAAGGGCAGCCCCGCCAAUCUCAACCGCGGUCUGGACAGCGAUGUCAUCGUUGCCGAGGUCAGGGCGACUAGUCACAAGCCAGAUGAGAUCUACGGCAUUAUCGAGAGGCUGUCGCCCGGAACACGGAAAAUAGAGUUGUUUGGUCGACCCCAUAAUGUCCAGCCUAAUUGGAUUACAUUGGGAAAUCAGCUCAACGGAGUCAAACUGGUUGACCCUGCGCUUAAAAAGGCCUUCUUUGAGAGGUACCCUGAUGGUAACUGUAUGGGUCCACAGAAGGCGAAGUGAACACCAUCCUAUUUUAUCUACUAUUCACUGUAAAUAUCGUAAAUAUAACUAAAAGAUUUAAUUUA